AGGCAGCGCGUGCGGCCGGCGCCGGGCGUGGGGCGCGGAGGCGGCUGUCCCGUGACGCGCCGGGACAUUUUUGUCCCGUGAAGAAUUGGCGCUGGCGCGGGGGUGUCCCCAGCGCGCGGCUCGGGUCGCAUGUGGCUCCCGCUGGUGUCGGACUGAGGGGAGCGUGGCCCCGCGAGGAGUUAGGAGUUUUUCCUGAGAGACCUCUUAAAGUAAAUGGGUCCAGUAAUUGGAAUGACUCCAGAUAAGACAGCUGAGACCCCAGGAGCUGAAAAGGUUGCAGCACUAAGUCAGAUUUAUAAAAUGGGAAGUUUGCCUGAAGCUAUCGAUGCUGCCAGGCCAAAGGCCACUCUAGUGGGCAGUGAGUUUGCAGACGAUGAGCUCACAAACUUGAACUGGCUUCAUGAAAGUACUAAUCUUCUAACAAACUUCAGCCUCGGAAGUGAGGGUCCUCCAAUGGUUAGUCCAUUGUAUGACAUAGAAGGAGAUGAUGUACCAUCCUUCGGACCAUCUUGCUACCAGAGCCCAGAACAAAAAUCAGCAACUUCAAAGCCCCCAUACUCCUUUAGUCUUCUCAUUUAUAUGGCUAUUGAACACUCUCCAAAUAAAUGUUUGCCUGUCAAAGAAAUUUAUAGCUGGAUUCUGGACCAUUUUCCAUAUUUUGCUACUGCGCCUACAGGCUGGAAGAAUUCUGUUCGACAUAAUCUGUCCCUAAAUAAGUGUUUUCAGAAAGUGGAAAGAAGCCACGGCAAGGUUAAUGGCAAAGGUUCUUUAUGGUGUGUUGAUCCAGAAUAUAAACCCAAUCUUAUGCAGGCACUGAAGAAGCAACCUUUUUCCUCAGAGCCUCAUAACUGUCAGUGUGGUUCUUUAUCACCUCACUACCUAAGCUCUGUUUUCAAGCAGAACCAGGUGCGAACCCUUAAAGAAUCUGAUAUUGAUGCUGCCGCUGCAAUGAUGCUUUUAAAUACUUCCUUAGAACAGGGGAUUUUAGAAUGUGAAAAACCUCUUCCUCUGAAAACAUUGCAAAAAAAGAGGAAUUAUGGUAAUGCAUUUAAUCAUCCCAGUGCUAUACGAUUACAAGAGAGUGAUUCUUCCACCACCAGCAUUGAUCCAAAAGAAGAUCAUAAUUACAGUGCAAGCAGCAUGGCAGCACAGCGCUGUGCAUCCAGAUCUAGUGUGUCUUCCCUGUCUUCUGUGGAUGAGGUGUAUGAAUUUAUCCCAAAGAGUAGCCAUGUGGGAAGUGAUGGCAGUGAAGGAUUUCAUAGUGAAGAAGACACAGAUGUUGAUUAUGAAGAUGAUCCUCUUGGAGACAGUGGCUACGCGUCACAGGCUUGUGCAGAUACCUCUCACAAAGGGCAGCCAGGUAAAAGGAUGCGAAAACAGUCAUGUCAAGAAAUUGAUGAGGAGCUCAAAGAGGCAGCAGGAUCUCUGCUCCACCUUGCUGGAAUUCGUACAUGUCUAGGUUCCCUAAUAAGUACUGCAAAGACACAAAAUCAAAAGCAACGGAAAAAAUAGAAAUGCUUAUUAGUGUGAAAUUAUUUUAAAGUGUGGCAAUACUCUUCUACUUAAUUCUUUACAAGGGAUAUCAAAGCCAUAAUGGACUUAGUUUUAGGGUGGGGAGGGGUGCCAAUUACUUGUUCCUUUCUAAACAUUUUGGGUCGCUUUUAUUUUUUUAAUUUUAAAAAGUUUAACAAUUGCUGUAAGGAUCAUGCCCAAUCAUAAAUGUGUGAUAAAAAGACCUGAAAGCAUAAUUUUUGUGAUAAAUGCCUUUUAAGAUUUAGAAAUUGUUAUAUAUGAAAAUCCCCUGCCUUUGUCUUAACCUUGUAGGAAAAAAACCUUUCUAUUGAUAUGUCAAAAUGUAAGAGUGGCAACUCUAUAUGACUUUAUAUUGUUUUCUCUUCCAAUCUAUAAUUAACUAUAGUUACUGAUCCCACUAAAAUUUUUGCUGAUGUCUUUUGCAUAUACUCCUCCCUGCCACACAACCUAGUAGGAUAAGAUUUGGAUUUUUUUUUAAUUGUGUCUUAUUUUUUAUUUUAAAUUAUUUGUUGAACAUGAGCAAAGUUGAAUAUAAAUUGGAAAAGAUCCUAGAUGUCUAGAAAACUCCUGUUAGUAAUAUAGAUAAAGAAUCCCAACAGAGAGUUUUAAGAUUUAGAAAAGGCAAUUUUGGGAUGUGAUUUCAUCUAAGAAGACUACAGUUCCUAUUACAGAAGUAUCUAAAGUGUUUUUACUUCAUGGAUGAUGCAUAGCAUUCAUUGGGGCCUUUUAUUCUUUCCCAAAGUGCUUUGCAACCACUGUUGGAGUUUAAGCCACCAGCUGUCUAUGUUAAGUGGAGAUUGUCCACUAAGAGGAUAUAGCCAUAGAGUGUUAUGGAGUAACACCAAUUUUGACAUACUUUUGCAAUAAGAAUCUUUCAUUUGCUUUCCAAAUACACUGCAUUCUGAGAGUCUUGUAACCAGAUGGAGUGUAAUAAAACAUUUCAAAUACUUAUUAUGUCAUCAUAAAUGAAGGGGCUGGGGAUAUAGUUCAGUUGGUAGAGUGCUUGCCUUGCAUGCACAAGGCCCUGGGUUCAAUCCCCAGCACCACCAAAAAACUAAACAAACAUAAAUGAAGGUAGGUCAUUUAGGAAAAAAAAACUUUCCAAACUUUGUAUGAAUUAAAAUUGAAUGUAUACCAAGUAAAUUUAAAAAGGCUUAACACAACUAGAGAUAAAAUACAUUUCAAACAAAUUUCAAACUCAUAAAAUUAGAUCUUACACAAAACUUUUUGAGGAGGCAGUGUAAUACUUAUAUGUGCCAUUAAUCCAUGCUAAAAUAUUUUUAUAUUACUAUUCCAGCAUUGUCUAAGAUAUUUUAAGUAUUUAAACAAAUCUGCUUAUGAGACAUUUUUUCAUAUCAUUCAUAUAGUUUGACUACAUUAUGCAGAAAGAACAAGGGAUACUAAUACUAUAAUUUGUUACAUAUUUGUUUUACAAUGGUGGGAGCAACUUUGCAAAAGUUCAUUCUUAUGAUACAUUCUAUGUCAUAGACAAUGACUUCAUUUUCAUUUUUCCUAUAAUUUGUAUACAUAGCUACACACACCACACACACACACACACACACACACACACACACACACAUACACUUGCAUUCAGGCUCAAGAUGUUAAUUUCCUGCUUUCAGCUGUGUUUAUGACUAUAAAAUUUUUCUUGGAUUUUUUUUAAAGAGAAAAAUGUUUUUAUUUUAACUUCUAAAUUUUCUUUGGACAAAACAAAAGAGAAGAAUAAUAAGUACAUAUUUUUCAGUUGACAAGACUUUUAUCCAGGGAUAAUAGCAUUAAUAUUUUCUGUUCUGUUUCCAUGUCAGUUGUCAUUGAUUCUAGAUAACUAUCUUAAUAGAAUUGGUGCUGUUGAAAUACAGUAAUUUUUUCAUUUGUUAAUAAUGUAGGAUGAGCUAUUUGGAUUUUUUCCUUCAUAAAUGUCACAUCUACAGUGAAUGGCUAAACCAAGUUAACCUCUUUUACUGUAGACAGUGACUAAAACACCAAAAACAAACAAAAAAUCUUUUACCACAGUGUAAGUAGUAAAGAGAUUACAAAAAUAAAUUUAUUCUCAGCUGUAAUAGUGAUCUUCAAAAUUUUGUCUUCAUAUAUGUAACUCCUUAAAUUCUUUGAUUUUUUUUUCUCCCUCUUGUACUUGUCCAACAAAUUUAAAUGUUUAAGCUACAUUCUUCACUAACAAGGAAAAUAAGCACUGUACUAACAUCUACCAGGGAGAAGUUGUACAACAUUUUAUACUUAAUUCUUAUACAGGAUUAGUAUGUCACGUUCCAUUUGCUAAUACACCUCAGCAGUUAUUUUCAAGAGGACCAGCUUUUCAGUUAUGGUCUUGCUAUUAUGACUUCUAUAGAGAUUAUGAUCUCUCACUCCUCAGGUGUGUGGAGAUAGAAACAUGGCACAUAGCCACAUAAUUAGAGAAAGUCAUUCCAAGCCCUGUGGACUAGAAAUUAUAUUCCCAAUAAUAAACUAAUUUUGCUGUAGUAAAAACAAUUUGGAAGCCCAGAGAGGUUACGUAUUUUUCAAUAACUGUGACUUAAACUAACAUAAAAUUUGCCUUACAUCAAAAUAAUAGAAACUUGGUUGCAACCUGUUCCAGUUUAUCCUAGAUCCCUAGUGAGAGUUUUGACUCAGCACAAUUAAUCUUCAUCUUUCACAUCCCAAAUAGAAUCUGUUUCUUGAACAUGUAUUUUUGAAAUUUAUUUGUGCAAUAUAUUACUAAAUUAGUUAAUAUUUUACUUUACAAAUUCAGAAGAAAACAGAUUACCUGCAUUUGUGGAAAAGCUAACUAUUGGUGGACACAUCCCUUUUUCCACCUUUGAGCCUUUCCUGUCCUCAUAGCCAGCAUGACUUCUCUUAACUUAGAUUCCUUUGUAUAUUGUAAAGUUUAGUAUAUAUAUAUAUAUUUUCCUUUUGCUACUUUCUGAGGCAUUAUGUAAAGGGUUCAUAUUAGAUGGUCAGUUAAAUAUACGUUAGCACAAAUUCAAAGCUAGAGAAAAUAUUGAGGGAAUGUAUGUGUCUUGGUAGACCAGGAAGCCUUUCUCAGCAAUUUAAUGAAUAGAUGUGAAUACUUCACAAAGUGUAAAGACUAUUGUCUUAAAUACUACAGUAAUUUAACACCCUUUUGUGAAGACUGUCAUUUAAGAAACUUUGAGGCUUUCUGGUUUAUAUAUACUUUAUAGUUUUAUUAGUUUGAGAUGUGUAAGCUUUGAUUUAAACAAAGUUUACUUCAGUAUGUUAAUGAUGUAGUCAAAUAUUUAUUGAAAGAGAAAAUAGAGUAUUUUAAUGUUAUACCUGCCAUUUUUUUUAAAGUACAUUCUUUGCAUCUAACUGCCAGUGCCAUUGUCAAAAUUUAUUUCUAAAAUUGUACAUUUUUUAUUAAACUAAGUGCUUGAUUUUAAAGUAUUAUGUUGCCAUCAGAUAGUAUAUAAAAUGUAUAAUUGCCAAUUCAUUGUAAUUACUAUUUAUUUUAAAUGAAAGUACAAAGAUACUUUGUUUUGAGAAAUUUGUUAUGAAACUGUUUCCUCUUUUUUGAUGUAGCAUAAAAAUUGUCUUCAGUUUGAAUUUUAACUGCCAGUAGAUGACCAGUCACAAGUGAACCACUUCUCAGUUGCCAGUCUUUGCUCAUUAAAAAAACUUACAAAUGUUUAGUUUUUGUAUCUAAUCUCUGAUUAAAAUGUUUAUAAAGUUUAUUUUUACCAAAGAGAUGUAAUUCAUUAUGAUAAAGUAUUGCAGAGUAAACUUUGUUUUGUAACAUUG